ACAAACAGUCUCAUAGAAUUUUACUGCACCACUAUGUGGCCAUUUUACAUGUAAACGUGUGUUGUAAGAUUAAAUUAACUACAUAUAUUUUUAAACCUUUGAGAUAAUACGUAGAGACAUUUUUACAUCAUUAAAUAUUUGAGGUUUAGAAGGAGUGGACUUGUGAAUCAGUUACGUUUCUGCAUGAAUUAUGUUCUCUUUGGCAACACAAUACACCUCAUUAUUCAGAGGAACACAAGAAUUCAACACGUGAAUAUGAUUUCAAGACUUUACAAAAGAGUGUGAAACAGACACAACUCAAAGUCACAAGCUGUUGCCUGUACUCAUUUGGAGAUUCAUGCUGAUGAGUCCACCACAUGAACUAGUAAAAUAUAGCUUAUUAUAGUUCUAAGUAAUAUAUUUCAACAUAUGCUUCCCUUUUAUGAGAAAUAAUUUAGUCCUCAGUUGUUUUUUAUUCAUGUCAAAUUAAUAUUUAAUUAAGGCAUCUUCAAAAUGGUUUCCUUCAGGAUCCAGAGUGUUCCGUUUCACACUUUUCUCUCACUGAUUUCCUCUCUUGCUUUUGGGAUACCCAAUGAGUUAAUCCAUUCAUUUGGAAAUGUGACAGGAAAAAUCACCUUCCGCCAAAUGGAUGGGAAUUCAACAUAUUUGCGGGAUAGUGGAGAGUUGGCAUCUUACAUUGACACCGUGGUUUCAUUUGAGCUCUCUAACCAAAGACACAACUUACGCUCUGCGACUUUUAUGUACACAUGGGACUUGGGCAAUGGGGAAGUGCUUAAAGGUCCAGAGCCUUUUGUCCAGUGUUGCUACACGUCACCUGGAAACUACACAUUUAAACUGAGCAUUAGAGCAAAUACAACCAAACAUUCCACAAUUACUGGGCUGUACUCUGUAGAUUUGACUGUGUUAGAUCCCAUAAAGAGCAUUGAAUUGAGAGGACCUUUAAAUUAUAACGUGGACCAAAGCAGCAGUCUUUCCUUUCAGGUUGGAGGAAGUUCUCCGGUUUGGCUGUGCUGGAGAGUUUUGUCUGAUUGCGACUCACCCAGUCCAACAUCCUGCAAUAUAGUCAGGCUCUAUGACAAUAAAUUCAAUUUGAACUACACCUUCAGAUCUGUAGGAACUUAUUGUCUAGAUCUCAGUGUGACAAAUGAUAUCAGCAGCCUCCAGACAUCCUACUACAUCUAUGUACAGAGCAGUCCUGUGAGUCACCUCAUCUUUAUUUUGCCUUGCGCUGUUGUGAUUUUUGCCACCGUCAUAUUCAUCUUUGUCUCAGUGUGUCGUACACCGCAGGAAUCCCUCAUGUCUAAGGCAGUGGUGGAAGAUGUGAAUUAUCUCUCAUUCACAGACAUUGAGCUCAUCCCCUGUACUCCUGUUCCAUCAUCUGCCUCUAAGAGCAGUGAAGCCCAGCCCCUUCUUCAUUAGCAGGGACUUACAGUCAACAUUCGGUCCACAUAACACAUGAAGUGUUCCUUCAUAUUAGCCAGUCAUUGCAUUAUCAUGCUACAUUAUCUAGCUAUUCACAUCUGAGAAGAUAGAAGGUCAGUCUUGACUCAACAUUCUGUGAAUCAACACAAUACAGAACCACUGAAAGCUUUUAUUUUGCACAUCUGAUUCAUUCUCCUCUAUGUGAACUCACUAAUGAUUCUCCCUCUAUUCCUGCUUGUGCUUUUUUCUGACCAUUUUAGUUCAUAUUCAAAAAGGGUGUUUUAAGGUUAUACUUCAAAAAGGUUCUAUUUGUUAAUGUGAACUCUUUGCGUUUCUAAUGGAUCUUGGCAUUGAUUAUGAAUUUGGAUCAUUGCAUGCAGUUCAAAAAGGAUGCCUUUCUAGAAAUUGUUACAAGAAGAAUUUUUUUAACUUGAACCUAUUGUACAACAAGCAGUGCUGGCUUUAGUUUUGUUUGUGUGAAAGAUCAUAUUUCUUUUCUAGUGAGUUUCCUUGUCUAAGACCAAGAGCUCUUUCUCCUGAAAUGAAUGAGUCUGACCUGUAUGUUCCUGCUGUGAUGAUUAAUGACAUUUGCCAUCUGCACUGCAAGGUACCAGGGUAGGGUUGCACAAGCUGUGCGAAUGUUCUCACUUAAGUUGAGACGUAAAGUUCACACUAAGGGCUUAGUAACUACUAGUUAGUUUGUAACUAAGUCAGUGCUUAAUUUGGUUGCAUCAACUGUUCUUAAGGCAAGACUUAAAUAGGUUGUAAGCUCUCCGUGAUGUGUUGUCGCAUAAUAUGACAUUUACUUGUACUGAUCCAAUAAGCAACCUUCAAGUUUGUACACAAGUGUUAAAAAGCUGUGAACUUGAUCUUGUUACUGCUGAUGUUCAAACUUUGUUUGCUCAUGUAACUGUCAGCUGUAAUAAAUUAUAUCCCCACUAAUAUACGAAACUUAAUAAAACAAGAUUUCAUUAUUGGAAUAUUUAGCCUAUGAAAAUAACAAUAUUCAAUAAUUGUAUCUAAAAUGAAUAAGGGGCAAUAAAUAAAUAAAUACUAAUACAACAGGCUGGAAAAAUAGACAUUUAUUCAUUUUAAUAUCAUAUAUAUUUUGUAUAUGUUAGAUCAGUUUCAUGCUGAAGAAGUAACUUUUUUACAUAAUGUUUUCUCCCGUAAAUGUAAAUGAGUGUAAAUGCCAACACCAUCAUCAUAUAUGUCAAAAGGACUGAAGCCUGUCAACCAAAACAUGAGCUCAUUGAUGUCUUAAAAUGAGUCUGCUUUUUAAUUCCAUCAGUUACUCCUGGUCGUAGGGUUACGUUCUAACAAAGAUUAAUGGUGCAACGCUCAAAUAUUUAGUAAUGCGUAAACUGCGACUUAGUGCCCAUUUACACCACAACUAGGCUAAGCUGUAACUUACGUAUAGCUUGUGCAACCGGCCCCAGGAAGACAAGAAUUACAGCUCCAUAAGGAACAGCAAAAUAUCUCUGUGGGUUAAAUGAUAGGCUAUAGAUGUUCAGUGCAUCACACUUAGUAAUAACCUUGCCCUUCACCUCAAAAGUAGCUGAGGAAUUACACUUUUCCUUGGAACAUAAAAGAUAUGUAUGUUUAAGAACUUGAAUAUGUUUCUUUAAUUACAGAUUUAUUUUCUAGUUUACUUGAGGAAACUGUUGCCUACACAACUGUAAUAAACUCAUAAUUAUUUUAA